AUGCCACUACUUGCUAACAGGACUUAUCGUUCGAACGACGUGCAAGUAUCCCUUUCAGACAAAGCCGAUCCGUACAAUUUGCAGAACUAUCACAUUCGCGAUGACAGCGAGAUAACUUCGUCUGAUGAAAACGAAAUUGAUGACUUGAGUGAUGAGAUGGCUGAAAGAACUUGCUUCCUCUCCGAGAGGCCUCAAAGUGCGGAUAUUACUGAUCCUCACUCGACUGAAACGAAAAAGGUUCACAAAAGCGAAUCUCCUUUCAAGAGAGGGAUAAGUUCAUUUUUUCGGAGAAGUGACCAUCGUGCUGCCAGCCAAUCCGAACAGUCUGCUACUCAUGACCGCUCUGAGUUGGAAGCACCCGAUUUUCAAGAGGAUUCUGACACUUCGGAAACUAAUGGAGGUCGUCCGUCCAGCUCAACGAGCUCAAGCAAGUUUUGGAGGUCCUGGAGAUCGCGCCAGCACAGAAGGAAUGCCGGUAGAUUUAAAGAAAAUCAUUUAGAAGACGCACCCAGUGGAGUGCAUGGGUGUGACGCAAACAUCGGAACCGUUUUUGCGAAACAAACAGGAGACUUUGAAGAAAGCGAAGUGUUUGGUGAAACUACGGGAGAAACGAUUGAAGACCUCGAGGCUUUAUUGAACACAAAAAACGCAAGUAGUGUCGCAAACACACUAGCAAAGUUUGAUGGAGUAAAAGAGUUGUUCAGAAAGAACAAUGAAGGCGAUAACUCCGAAAGCGAGGCAUCGGACGAAGGACUCGAUGAACUAGGGCUAUCAAGGUAUUCAAAUAUGGAUGGUGUUAGCAGCAAUUUGUCACAGGCCCCUUCUCCAUUGACACCUGUCGAUGAGGUCUCUGCCUUUACCAAGACUUCAUCUAAAAAGAUGAAUAUGCAAUACAAGGACGUUUACCGAACGACAGAGGACUACGUUACCGUAGAAGAACAGUUUGAUCACUUGCAAGUCAAUAAGAACUCAAAAACAUACUUCAACUUGCUGAGUACAAUACGCCUGCUCAACAAGCCUUCCCGCAGCUCUUCCGAUUUAAGCACGCUUGAAGAUUAUACAAGAGCGGUUUUGGUAUUGGCUGAGCUUUCGGCAGAUGAGGCGCAACGCGGUAAUUCUGCGACGCCAACAACGACUGAUGUCAAGUCUGAAAAUUGCCCAGAAAAAACAGUAGAAUCAGCAGAUCAAAUCAUCGAACUCGAAUCCGAGCUGUCCCUACUUCGCGAGAAGUACGAGGACAGUAUUAGCGAUCUUUACAACUGCCGGAAAGAUUUGAAGCUUACAAAAGCUGAGCUGGUGGACGCUCGCAAUGAAAUCUCUGAAAGUACCAAAGAAAUGAACACGUUCAAAGCUGAGCUUGAUGCUCGUAAUGAAGAGGUUGUUGAAAUAGAUCGCACCAUGAAGCUUAAAUUGGCCGAAGAGAAAAAGCUACGCGAAGCUGAGGAGAGUAAGUUACAGAAUCUGCGAAAAGAUCACGAGAAGUUGCAAUUUGAACAUGCUCAAGUACAGAAUAGCUAUCAAGAUUUAGCUCAGCAGGAGGCCGCUUCAAGAGACAAAAUUCAUGAACUGAUUGGAAUCAUUUCCGAAAAUGACCUUAAAGCGAGAGAGCUUCAGCAAUCUCACGAUCGUCUUGAGAAAAGUUUUUGUGACAGCAACCGUCUUGCUAAAAAGGCUACAAGUGCCAACAAGAAGCUUGGGUCAGACUGUCGUCGAGAACAUCUCAAGUUGGAAGAGUGUCGGCGAGAGCUUGAACUAGCACAGGGCCAACUGGAACUUCUGAACUGCCACAAAACGGAAUCGUUGCAGUUUAUGGCUCAGAUAAUGAUGUCCUUUAAGAAUGCGCUAUGUGAAGAAACUCUGCAACAGUGUGACGCGUAUCUGGAAUCUAUCAGCUCUAACCAAUUAUUCACCUGCGCUCUUUUGCAAGGAGCGAAUGGGGUUUAUAAAGACCAAUGGAAACAGCAAGCUAUUCGCGAGCGGGAUCAAGUCGCUGAUUUUUAUCGUCAUUUUGCCAAGACAAACCUCCUGGACCAGAUUUUCGCCAAGUAUGUUUCCUACAUGCGAUCGAACAGAUUUCUGUCGCAGCAGCUGAGAGGGCUGCGUCAAAAAGAACACGAUCAUGAGGAGUAUAUCGCGAGAUUACUGCAAGAUUGCAAGUCCCAAAGAACUUUGAUAGCCAAACAAGAUCAUAGAAUCGAUAGUUUGAAAAAGGACUCUAAGCCCCAAGCCAAGGUGGAAGCUAGGACACAGGGCGUUGGGCGCUAG